AUGGCUCCAAAGCAGUCAAUAUUGGGGGAGGCACUACCGCUGGUUGCAUCAGGCAAAGUCCGUGAUCUCUACCAGGUUGACGAGAAGUCCUUACUGUUCGUUGCUUCCGAUCGGAUUUCUGCCUAUGACGUGAUCAUGAAGAAUGGCGUCCCAGAUAAGGGCAUCAUUCUAACCCUUAUCACAAAGCAUUGGUUUGAGUAUUUGCAGAAGGAGAUACCAGAUCUGAAGACACAUUUCAUUUCUCUGGACUUGCCUUCCUCUGUGCCUCAAGAUAAAGUUGCUGAACUCAAGGGUCGAAGUAUGCACGUCAGACAGUUGAAGGUCUUCCCUGUCGAGGCCAUUGUCAGAGGCUACAUCACAGGCUCGGCAUGGUCAUCAUACAAGAAAACCGGUGAGGUCAACGGUAGAAAGCUUCCUGAAGGUCUGCAAGAGUCACAGGAGUUCCCAGAGCCUAUUUACACCCCAAGUACCAAAGCCGAGCUGGGCCAACAUGACGAGAACAUCUCAACGGAGGAAGCAGCCAAGAUCGUGGGAGAGAAGUACGCACACAGAAUUGAGGAGUUGUCACUCACGAUCUACAAGACUGCCCGGGAUUACGCCAGAGAGAAGGGAAUCAUCAUUGCUGAUACAAAGUUCGAAUUUGGCCUCGACGAAGAGACAGAUCAAGUGGUAUUGAUCGACGAGGUUUUGACCCCUGACAGUUCGAGGUUUUGGUCCAAAUCAACCUACAAGGUUGGUCAAGGACAGGACAGUUUUGACAAACAGUUCCUUCGGGAUUGGUUGACAAAGAACGGCUUGAAAGGUAAAGAGGACGUCUCAAUGCCUGAAGAUGUCCGCGAUGUGACACGCUCGAAGUACGCCGAAGCAUUUAAGAUUCUCACUGGAAAGUCAUUGCAGGAUACCAUUCAGAACUUGCAGUGA